CACAAACCAGUAUUCAGCAGCUCUAUUUUUAAGUUCAAAAGUUCAAAACCAGUGCAAUGGCAACCGCUUCAUCAGCACAAGGGAUGUGGUCCUUGCUCAAGGAUAUCGAUCACACAAAGACGACCUGGGCAAUCAAGGUUCGGGUAGUUAGGGCAUACGAAGUUCCUCCACACUCUAAGGGCGGGGAGACUCUUGAAAUGGUUUUGCAUGACGCAGAGGGAGAUCGGAUUCACGCCAUUAUCAAGAGGCCGCAGAUAGCAAUGUAUAAGCCUAAUAUUACAGAGAACAAAAUUUAUGCCAUAAGAAACUUUUUGGUGCUUGACAAUUACCAAACAGUGAAGACUACAAGUCAUCCCUACAUAAUUCAGUUCAU